AUGGGUCAGUGUCUGGGGUCGGAGGUCACCAAGGAGAUGAAGACUGCCAGGAUCCACAGCACCCGGAUCGACCAGGACUUGUACCAAAGCGCCAUACGCGAGAUGAACGUGGUGAAGAUCCUCCUGCUAGGCGAGAGUGAUGAUAGCGGUAAAAGCACGCUGGUCAAACAGUUGAAGAUCAUCCACAGCAAUGGCUUCUCGAAGGAAGAGCUGAGCAGCUUCAAGCCCACCAUGCUGGACAACCUCCUCACCUCCAUGAAGUCCGUCCUGCGGUGGAUGGGCGAGCUGCGCAUCAACCUGAGCUCCAGCAGGAACGAGGUGAACGCUGACCGCUCGGACGGGUCCACGCCCCCUCGGUCCUCCUCCCCUUCCGAGGCCACGCCCUCUCGGCCCUCCUCCCCUUCUGGGGCCACGCCCGCUCGCUUCUUUGAGAGCAUGCGUCGCAUCGCGGGCCCCGCCCCCACGGAGACAGACCUGCUGCGGCCCAGAGGCCCCGCCCCCACGGAGACCCAGCUCAGGGUGUGUGGGGUGUCGCCGCGGGCCCCAGGUGUGUGGCGUGGAGCCCAGGUGUGGGGCGUGGGCCCCAGUUGUGUGGCGUGGGCCCCAGGUGUGUGGCGUGGGCCCCAGGUGUGUGGCGUGGGCCCCAGGGUCAUGUGCAACAGGGUCAUGUGGAACAGGGUCAUGUGGAACAGGGUCAUGUGGAACAGGGUCAUGUGUAACAGGGUCAUGUGGAACAGGGUCAUGUUGUUCAGGCUGUACGAGGUGGGCGGGCUGCGGACCGAGCGCGGACCGUGGCUGGGCUGCUCCCAGGAGGUCCGGGCGCUUCUGUUCGUGGCGUCGCUCAGCGGCUACGACAUGACGCUGGGGGAGGAGCCUAACCUGGACCGUCUCCAGGAGAGCCUGAAGCUGUUCUCCUCAGUCUGCAACAACGUCUUGAAGGGUGAAUCGCUAAUCUUAUUUCUGAACAAGUUCGAACUUUUCCAACACAAGAUCCUCCACUCCGGCCGGCACCCGCACCUCUACCUGCCGCUGUUCACAGUCCGGAGGUCCUGCUGGCUGGGGGGGGGCUGA